UGUCAAUACACGCACAUGAUGAUUUACCACGCGGAUCGUCAUUGCAGAAGUUGGCAGUCCAGCUAAAGGUGAGCACCCCUCCGUGAAGAAUCUGUGAACAGGACUCAAGUCUUCUAAUUACAUCAUCAGUUUAUCGUCGAGAACAAAAAUGGGGAAGGGGAAGAAAUGGAUUUUGGAGAAGCAUUUCCAGGGAAUGCCGAAGAGGAGCGACAUGAAGAUUGUGGAAUUUGAUCUUCCGACAGUUCCAGAUGGAUCAUUCCUGGUGGAGGCAAUCUGUCUUAGUGUGGAUCCCUACAUGCGGCCGUACUCAGCAAGAUUGCCAGAGGGGAUCACCAUGAUUGGGACCCAGGUCGCAAAGGUCAUCGAAACCAAGAAUGCAGACUUUCCGGUCGGCACGCUCGUUGUGUGCCCGGGGGGUUGGACCACUCACUCCUUGUGCAAAGGGGAAAACGAGAGUAAGCUCCCGCCCUAUCCAGAGGGAGUCCCUCUCUCCCUGGCCCUUGGGACCCUGGGGAUGCCUGGGAUGACUGCCCACUAUGGUUUGCUUGAAAUCUGUGCCCCAAAGCCGGGGGAGGUGGUGGUUGUCAGCGGUGCCGCUGGGGCGGUGGGUUCCGUCGUGGGACAAAUCGCAAAGAUCAAGGGGUGUAAAGUUAUUGGAUUUGCUGGCUCUGAUGAGAAGGUGGCCUGGCUCAAAGAACUGGGCUUUGACGAAGCCUUUAACUACAAGACAAUCAAGAACCUGGACGCUACCUUGAAGUCUGUUGCCCCCGACGGCAUCAACUGCUACUUCGACAAUGUUGGAGGGGAGUUUGCAAGCACAGUCGUCACCAACAUGGCCAAGUACGGCCGCAUCAGCUGCUGUGGUGCCAUAUCCCAGUACAAUGACACAGCUCCACAGAAGCUGCCUCCUGUGUUUGGCACGCUCGUCUUCAUGGAGAUCAAGAUGGAGGGCUUCAUCAUCACUACACACAUUAAGCAUUGGCCGGAGUGGACAAAGCAACAUAUCCAGUGGAUAAAAGAGGGCAAGUUGAAGUAUAAGGAACAUGUCACACAGGGUUUCGACAACAUGUUUGAUGCAUUCCUGGGGCUGUUCUCUGGAGCAAAUACCGGCAAAGCCAUCGUUAAAGUAUAGAAAAACCUCUCGAUCUCGUGACUCGUGCCUUUGAGAAUGACAAGCUUGCUGAUUGAAGGAGGAACUGCAUGUCAAAUCAUCAAUUCAGAUGUCACUUGUAGCGCUAAUGAAAAAGGGCACUCUGUUACCUAGCAACGGUGUCCCCUUGGAGCAACACUACUGGCUGAUGCUUGGUCUUAGCUGGUUGCUGUUUUUCGUUCAUAUCUCAUCAGUGUGUUCAAGAGAGAGACUGGUUCUUCUCCACAAUUAAUGAAAAGGGAAACGGCAUCCAUGCCUUUGCCUUGUUCACCUUAAUGCUUGCUCGUGCACCAACACCACAAAACGCCUUGAACAUUCAUCUACAAUAGAUCUAUAUAUGUUGACAGAUUGUUGCUUCAAUAUUAUCGUUUAUUACAACAUCCUUUUAUAAAUCUGUAAAAAGAUGGAAUUACAGUGCUCAUUAUAACACACGUUGGGUUUUGGUCAACGUGCAUUCAAUGUCUACGAUAACCCAAAGGCAAAACAAGGCUGUGCGUAGAAUAGAACAGUUACAGAACAAAAGUAGGUAGUUAAACCAGAGCAUGAAGUACUUAAUCGACCAAACAGUCAUUUUCAAUUUUUCUGUUGAAUUCAGCUUGGAAAUUAAAUUGUAUAAAUUGCAUAGGAAAGUUAGAAGUAGAAAGUUAAAACAGUUCACAAAAAACUUUUAUUACCAAAUAGUAAUCUGUAAUCUUUGUCAUUUAUAUAGCAAAUUCAGCUUGUAUUAACCCUAGCAGUCCCAAAUCCUCCAAUUUCAAUAUGAUUUUACAUACACCCUAGGAGGUUAGGGUUAAUGUGUCGGCACAAAAGGACCUAUAGUAAUGCUCGGAGCAGAAAGGCUGGUGUGGAUGUUGUGUGAUGUGUUUGAAUUGGGUAAGGCUCAAACACACACUAACACACACACCAAAUCAGUUUGAGCGAUGGUCACCUCAAGUGAUGUAUUCUAUAGUUAUUCAAUUACAUGUAUUUCUACUGGAGCAAUGUAAAAAAGUCGGUAAAAUUCUUAUUUUUUCUUUGCAUUACAACUUUAUACAGUGUGGUCUGUAUACAUGGAAAAUUAAUUACAAUAAAUAAAAUACAAUGGAACAUUAUUUAGGAGUCGAAGUUGUAGUUUUUUAAACGUACGCUAUCAAACUGCCAAAGAACAAUAACAAGCAAAGAGCUAAAAGACAUUUCCAUAAGGACACCACGUUUCUAAGCUAAAAACCAAAAUUAAGCUGUCUGAUCACUUUUGUACAUUGUAGAGGCACACAUGUCUGAAUGUUUUAGUCAGGAAUAAAUUCCAUGAUAGAUUGAAAUGGCA